GAAAUUACACGUCAGUAAAUGUCGAGACUCUAGUAAGGGAACACUACCUUCGGUAACUUCCGCAUCAAAGAGAAAAUAAUUCACCCUUUUUCGCAAACGCGGUGGAGCAAGCAAGCUCUUUUCCACGCUUGAAUCAAACGAUGUUUACGAAAAUAAGGAAACGUUUACGAAAAUUCUUCAGUCGGAACAAUAAUAACGCUCCAUCCUCUCUUACCUUCGAUGAUCCUACAGUAUGGUACCAGCUAACAUACGUGAACUUAUCAAACUGCAGUGGAAUCACCACUUUGCCAAAAGAGUUGGGCGCCUCACCCCACCUUGAAAAGCUCGUUCUGUCGAACAAUGGUUUUGGAGCGUCCGUCGAAUUUAAAUGGCACUGGCUGCAACAAACGGCCAUUCAGAAUAAUCUACGUUUUCUAGACUUGAGCAAGAAUUCAUUGACCGAACUACCGGCGUGCAUCGGGAAAUUAAGUGCUUUGACAGAGCUGAUAGUUUGCCAUAACUCGCUCAGAUUUUUGCCGCGGGAUUUGGGCACCUUACCUCACCUUGAGAAGCUCGUUCUGUCGAACAAUGGUUUUGGAGCGUCCCACGAAUUUGAAUGGCACUGGCUGCAACAAACGGCCAUUCAGAAUAAUCUACGUUUUCUAGAUCUGAGCAAGAAUUCAUUGAUGAUUGUACUACCGGCGUGCAUCGGGAAGUUAAGUGCUUUGACAGAGCUGAUAGUUUGCCACAACUCGCUGAGAUAUUUGCCGCAGAGCAUCGGAAAUCUACGAAACUUGCAAGUUUUGAGAUCAUCGAAUAACAAAUUGUUCUAUUUACCGGGAAGUAUGAUGAACAUGCAACUGGAAACUUUGGACGUUUCGACGAAUGACUUUCUUACACUUGAUGGUACUCUUAUUUUCAAGGAGUUGACGCUUCGUAUCUUGGCAGCUAAAGUGGUCUUGAAGAACAGAUCAACAUACCGAAAAGAAAGAGACAACAUACCACCUGAGUUGUUCAAGCAGUUCGAGUAUCUUGAGACUGAAACGAAUUAUUGCCUUUAUUGCAAAAGGCCUUGUUUAGACUCUUAUAUAACGGAGUUCAUGAGGCUUAACCCGCUCUGUAUUGCCAAUACGACGAUAUUGGACACAGAAGAAAACGAAAUCUUGUCUUUUCAAUGUUACUUCUGUUCGCCCGAUUGCCGUGAAAAAUCGAGAAUUUUAAAUAUUUGGUUGGAAUAGAAGAUAAACUUUGGAACUUGAACAGUUAUAUGCAAGUUUAAGAGUAAUAUUCAACAUUUGAUUCGUGAUAAAAUAACUCUGAGGUACGUCUUCUAAUCUCUUAAUAUCACAAUUAACA